GUCAUCUCGAGGUUAUAACGGAAAAAACAGACAGCAGACCUGGUGUCAGGUUGCUCUGUGGCUCACUUGCUUCCUCACGAAACGUCUAAAGAAAGACUAUAACGCUGCGAAAUCGAAAGAGAGAAAAACAUUAAUUUAUUUUGACGCGUAUAUAAUCAUGAAACCGCAUAAGCUUUUCAAACGUGCCGACUGUGAGAAAACGACUCGAUGAUCAUCAUGAUGCAAAAUACGUUUGUACAUGGCCCGUCGCCAUGCAGUGAUUUUUAUUCGUUGUCCAUUUUUCUCCUCCCCCUCUUUAAAACAAUUUUAAAAUCCUCUUUCCCCACCUUAAAGUGGAAAAAGUUUCUUCUUUUAAUUGGAGGGAGAACAUUCACAAAAUGGUAGACAGGAGGAUUCGGAAAGCUCGCUUCAGCAGCCGGGACCUGUGCGCCCUGGUGGAUGCGGUGAUGGAAAGACGGGACGAUCUCUUUGGCCGGGGAGGUGACCCUCCGGACGCGCAGAGGAGGAGGAGGGAUGCUUGGCAAUACGUGACGGAGAGGGUCAAUGCAGUUUCCGGAACCCACAGGACCUGGGAGGAAGUUCGCAAGAAGGUCCACGAUCUGAAGAAAAGCACAAAGGAAAAACUUGCUUAUAAUCGAAGAUCAUGGCAAGCAGCGGGUGGUGAGCCCUCCGAUGUCAAGACGCUGACGGAAUUUGAAAAUGAUAUGAUUGUUGUACUUGGGAAGGAAAGUCUUGAAGGUCUUCAGCCUGUGGAUAUUGGUACCAUUACAAGAUGUGCUCCACAAAACGAACACUGUGGACAGCAAGUAAUAUCACAAGAGCAACAUACAUUUGCAUGCCGCUUGUCACCAAUACCGCUUGAAACAGAUAAUAGCAUAGAAACAUCUCUGGUUCGAGGUAUAAAGGAUGAAAAUCAGGAAACGCCAAGUGAGUCCCUCAGCACUAGUGAUGAAUGGGAAGAAGUGGUGGUGGGUGAUGAAGGAACAACUGUUGCAGCCUGGAGACCCAUCAUGAUAAGCGCCCCUACUCAGUUAGAUGCAGUUACAGACCUUAAUGGGCCUGCUUUCAAACGGAGGCUGUUAGAGCAUGGAGCCCGUGUUGAACAGUCACUAGCUUUUAUGCACACCACUUUGGAAGAUGGUAUGGUUAGGUUGGAUCAGCGGCUAUCCUCAAUGCAAUCUGCCAUUGAGCAGAUGGCAACACCAGUGACUGCUGCAGUAGAAAACUCACUUAUGCAAGCUGUAGGCAAUGCAGGAGCAUCUCUUGUGAAUGUUCACAGUAUUGCUAUGGAAGCUUUGGGGUCAAAACUUAAGGAAGCAGUUGUGGCUGGCUUUGAUUCACUUGGACAGCAGUUACAUGGAACUAUGAGAGAAGGAAUUAAAAAUCUAAUUGAAAUGCAGUGUUCUACAUUUUUGCAGCUGAUUGCAUAUUGUGAUGAGAUGCCCUCCAGUAGUAGCACAAGUGAAGUUAAGGUAGAUGACAGUCCUGUUACCACCAGUUGACAGUUAUCACUGCCAGUUCUGUGCCAGCAUACAUCUUUGCACAAGUACCAUGUAACAAGUAAGUUGACAAAAUUGAAAUAAAGCCUGAUGAAGGGCUUUUGCCCGAAAUGUUGAUUUUCCUGCUCCUCAGAUGCUGCCUGACCUGCUGUACUUUUCCAGCACCACUCUAAUCUUGACUUUGAUCUCCAGCAUCUGCAGUCCUCAUUUUCACAAAAUUGAAAUAAAGGCUUCUUAUCAUUGUAUUCCUUUGAUAUAUAAAAGGUCUGCUGUACUUUGAAAAUAGCUGCAGGAAUCAGUUUUCUCAGUUGUCAUGUUCUAUUUUGGAGUUACCUUUGAAUGGUGCUUCAAAUCUAAUCAAGGACACACACAAUUGGAAUAGAUGGUAGGGCAUUAAACCUUUUUGAGUCAGUUUCACUAUUCAUUAUGAACCUGACUGAUCUGAUUGAGGCCUGAAUUUUACGUUGUAGUUCCCUGCUCCCCCGUCAAACACUAACAUGAUCCUUAACUCCCUUGUUAAUCAAGUCUGUCCAACUCAGCUUUGUGUUCAAUGAUCCAUCUUGCACUGCUCACUGCAGAAGAUAAUUUCAAACAUUAAUGACCCUCAGAGAAGCAAUUCCUCCCCCUCUGUGUUUUAAAUGGGAGACCUCGUAUUUUAAAAUUGUGGCCUCUAUAUUUCUUCAUCCCAAAAAGGGGGAAAUUCCUCUCAGCAUCUAUCCUGUCAAACUCAGAAUCUUAUUGAAAUAUAAAUGAUUAUCUCUCACGCUUCUGAACUCAAGUGGAUAUAGCCUCAGCCUUCCCUUCAUCCCACGAAUUAGCCUUGUUAAUCACCUCUGAAAUGUUUUCAAACUAUGUCCAUCCUGAAGGAGCCGAAACUGUACAAAGUUCUCUAGUCUGGUCUCACCAGUGCCCUGUACGGAUGUAGUAAGACUUUUAUGCUCCCUCCCUCUCGCAAUAAUGGCUAACAUUCCAUUUGCCUUCCUAAUUACUUAAUGUAUUUGCAUGUUGACCUUUUGUGAUUUAUGUACAAGGAUACUCUGAAUUAACGCUCAUAUUCAUUUAAAAGAUGGCUCAAUAAUUGGUGUUAUAGUUGUGUGAUGUAAAAUCUCUGUGUGGUUGUACUUAAAAAUAUUCAUGCAUUUUAGGCUGUGGAUAGAUUCACAUAUUUGUGAAUAGUAUCCACAUAUUUGUGUAUUUACUAUUAAACUCUGAUGUGGCAAUCUGCAAAACUUGUGCCAUUUGCUAAUUUUAGGCUGGCAUGAACACUGUCCUGUUUUGGGUAAACUCAAUUGUUAUCACCAAGCAUAUCCUUAAAAAUGCAUCAAGAGAAACUGUAACUCAAACCUCCAGUCAUGAAAUCCUGUUAAAACUUGAAAAAUAGCAUAUGCAAGAGUUACUGCUUUAGAAGAAUUUAAUGAGUGUUUUAAAAACAGUAAAAAGGCUACUUUCCAAAUGUUGCAGGGGCAGAUCCAUUUUAAUGUCUUGUAACCAGCCUCAAGAACAUACUUGAUUUUUAAGAUUGUGUAGUAUUAAACUAAAAA